CUUCAUUCACAUGCAGUCAUGGCGUAUACUGCAAUACUCGAGACUCUUGAUGUGAAGGGAAUAUUGCUGUUCAUGGUGGCUUUUCUUUUGGUGGCAGAUUACCUGAAGAACAGAAACCCACCGAAAUACCCACCCAGCCCUUUCUCUGUUCCACUACUAGGAAACAUCUUCAACGUUGACUCCAAAGAGCCUCAUUUAUAUCUGACAAAGCUCGGCCAUGCCUACAACAAUAUCUUCAGUCUUCGAUUAGGAAGUGACAAAACCGUCUUCAUUACUGGUUAUAAAAUGGUAAAGGAGGCCCUGGUGACACAAGCUGAAAACUUUGUGGAUCGGCCCAACAGUCCAGUGCUAGCACGUGUGUAUUCUGGAAAUGCUGGACUCUUCUUCAGUAAUGGUGAGAUGUGGAAGAAGCAACGACGCUUCGCUCUGUCAACACUGAGGAACUUUGGAUUGGGAAAGAAAACAAUGGAGCUGGCCAUCUGUGAGGAGAGCCGCUUUCUUCUGGAAGAGAUAGACGAACAGAAAGGAGCUGCUUUUGACCCAACAAUCCUAUUAUACAAUGCUGUUUCCAAUAUAAUCUGUCAAAUGGUGUUUGGCCAGAGAUUUGACUAUGCUGACCACCAGUUCAAAACAAUGUUAAAAUAUAUUUCUAAAAGCAUUCAACUAGAAGGAUCCGUUUGGGGACAGAUCUAUGAAGCAUUUCCAGCCAUUAUGAAGCAUCUUCCAGGGCCUCACAAUGAUAUUUUCAGUAACUAUGACUUACUGAAGAGCUUCGUACAUGAGGUCAUUGUAAAACACAAGGCUAAACUGGAUCCCUCAGAGCCUCGUGACUACAUCGAUACCUUCCUAAUCGAGAUGAAGGAGAAACCCCAUGAAAGAGUAAACGGCUUUGAGGAACCAAACCUUGUUGCAUGUGUUCUUGACCUGUUUCUGGCCGGAACUGAAUCCACAUCCAAUACAUUAUGUUGGGGGCUCAUAUACCUCAUAAUGUAUCCAGACGUACAAGAAAAGGUCCAGGAGGAGAUCGACAGAGUGAUUGGAAACUCAAGAGAGCCAAGUAUAGCCGACAAACCCAACAUGCCCUACACAGAGGCUGUCAUCCAUGAGAUCAUGAGAUUUGGAGAUGUUAUACCAUUGAAUGGAUUGCGAGUGGCUGCAAGAGACACAACCCUUGGAGAAUGCUUCAUCCCAAAGGGCACAACCGUUUUACCUAUACUGCACUCUGUUCUCUUUGAUGAAAACGAAUGGGAGACACCCUACAAGUUCAAUCCUGGCCACUUUUUAGACAAAGAGGGCAAGUUUGUAAGGCGAGAUGCAUUUAUGCCCUUUUCUGCAGGAAAGAGGGUCUGUUUGGGGGAGCAGAUCGCCAGAAUUGAACUCUUCCUAUUUUUUGUCAGUUUGUUCCGCAAAUUCAGAUUUUCAGCCACAGAGGGAGAGAAACUCAACAUGGAUGGAGUGAUUGGAAUAACACGCACUCCACACCCGUUCAAGAUCUGUGCAACAGCACGUUGAGACAAAUCUGACUAUUUUUAUUAGGAAUUAAUGAACAAUAUUUAUAGUCAAUUACAGUACAUUAUAUGUAUCUAACAUGACACUACUGGCAAUUUUUAUUUCACAUUUUGGGCUUUUUGACUUCAUAAAUUGUUUUUCUUUUCCUGGCUUUAUUGAAAAUAAACACCUAAAAAAGUGUUUCUUUA